AUGCAUUACAUAAGACGUCAAAAUUUGGGCUCAGGGUGGAGCCGCCAAACAACAAACGACGAGGAAAGUGACACAAAAGUAGCCAGUUUGUUGACUGCAGUUUGUUCAGACGAUGUACCCAGUGGUUUGAAGUUCUUGCAAAAAGUCGUCGACCAGUGCUCGACCAAGGAGGCGAUGUUCAAGUGUUUGAAGAUCCAGGCGCUGAAAAUAGCCGACCGGGCCCUCCACCAACGCUCCCUGAAGCUGAUAGACGGCGUGUCGUUGGUCAGCAACGAACGAACCGGCAGGACGCUGUACCAGAACGUCAAGCUCAACGACACCAAAUUGGAGAAACUAGAUGGUGACCAAAUCGACGAUUUACUGAAGGACAAGUCGAGACGUUUCCUGGAGAGCCGCAGGCUCGAGGUCAACUUCCCGAAGCUGGUGGAGGAGGGCAGGGGCAAGAAGAAGGGCGGCGGCUACGGCGCCUUGGCCUGGGCCCUGGCCAUCAAGUUCAGCUUCCUCACCAUGGCCUACAAAGGUAUCGCUGUGAUGGCCGGCACUGCGUUGCUGGUGGGCAAAAUGGCCCUGAUGCUCAGCGCCAUAUUGGGACUGAAGAAGCUGGUCAGCAACCAGCACCACGAGAAGACCACCCUGGAGAUCAUCAAGCAGCCCAAGUACUCGGAGACUCACACCCACUCCACUUCGUACGAGGACGACGGACACUAUCACAGGUCCUACAAGGACUACGAUGAGCCUCAAAGCAGGAUUUACAAGGCUUAUAUACCGAAACAUUAG